GAGUAAGAACAGACAUCAGUCACUUCAACAAUGUUCAAGUUCGUAGUACUUUCCGCUCUUGUGUGCGCCGCGGUGGCGGAGCCCGGCGUGUUCCUGGCACCACGCACCUACACUGCAGCCAUCGCGGCUCCCGUUACCAGCACCUAUGUCCAGCACUCUAGCGCCAUCUACCCCGCAGCGGUGCCCAGCGUAUACACCAGCCUAUCCUACCCGCACUACAUCAAGAAGCGCGAGGCGCAGUUCUACAACAGCUAUAUUGCUAACGGUGCCUACGUCGCCCCCGCGGCUCUAGCCGCACCAUACGCGUCUACCCUGGUAGCCCCCGGCAUCGCAGCGGCGUACUCUCCCGCCGUGCUGCCCUACGCUGCGCCUGCUCACUUCAUCAAGAAGCGCUCCGCCUCCCCGUCCCCCCAGCUGCUCGCCGCACCUCUCGCCUCUGCCUACGUUGCCCCCGCACCCCUCGCUUCCACCUACCUCGCCUCCGCACCCUUCGCUGCCACUUACUCCGCGCCCAUCUUCUCUAGUGCGGCGUACUAUCCCACCUACAGCACUGGAUUCCCAUUCAUCAAAAAGUAAUUUAAACUACAAUUAAAUAUAAUCCUGACGAAAAUAGAACCGCCAUUCGGAUACAUACAAACAAAUGCAACAUUUAAAAACUGUAUUACACUAGCUUAACUUUUUACAUCUAAACAUUUUAGAAUUCAACGGAGUGCCAUAGCAAUUUUGUAUUAAAUAAAAGCAUACCUAUA